GUGGGGUGCUGUGUCGUUUUGCAAUGGGCCCCUGCCGUGAAUAUUUCUGUCUCGGUCUUGGUUUGGUAUUUUGAUGUAUUAUUGGCUAUGGAGACAUUCUGCGUUGGUGUUCUUCCUGAACCAAGUAUUGUCUAGGAAUAUAUAUAUAUAUGCAAUACAGCCUGUGAUAAGAGCUUGACCAGUGCCGACUCAAAUCAGGGAGAAGAGCCGUUGUCUCUCUCGGGCUGACAGUGCUGGAAAGACUGCACAACUGUGUGAAUUAAUUAAGACUGAAUCGAAAGACUGUGCCCGUGCUGUGCUGCCAUGACGACCAUGGCCCCUCCCCUCAUGUUUCUCCUCCUGCUCCUUCAAUUGGCUCACAGCUCUUUCCCAGAGGAGCCCGGUCCUCUAAGCUAUGCUCCCUUAGAGGUGGUGAGGAGGUAUCCUGUGUUUGUGGGUAGAGCUCAUCGUUCCUCACAGAGACAGGAGCUGCACAUUCACACAGUGCUCCAGGUGAAUCGCACACUCUACAUAGGAGCCAGAGAUGAUCUAUAUAGAGUGGAGCUGGACAAUAUGUCAGGGGACGAAAUAUUCUACAGCAAGAAGCGGACGUGGGAAUCCAAUAAGAAUGACAUUCGAGUCUGUAGGAUGAAGGGAAAACAUGAGGGGGAGUGUCGUAACUUCAUCAAGGUGUUAUUGAGCCAACAUGGAGAACUGUUUGUGUGUGGAACCAACGCCUUCAACCCUCUAUGUGCGAACUACACUAGGGACACUCUGGAGAUGGUAGGAGAGACGGUCAGUGGGAUGGCUCGAUGCCCUUAUGAUCCCAGACACGCUAACGUGGCUCUUUUUGCAGAGGGCAGUCUCUUCACUGGUACUGUAACAGACUUUCUGGCGAUUGAUGCUGUGAUCUAUCGUAGCCUAGGCGACAGCCCUGCUCUCCGCACCGUCAAACACGACUCCAAGUGGUUUAGAGAGCCCUUCUUUGUGAGCGCAGUCGAGUGGGGGCCUCAUAUUUACUUCUUCUUCAGGGAAAUGGCCAUGGAGUUCCAUCACCUGGAGAAGGUGAUGGUGUCUCGUGUGGCGAGGGUGUGUAAGGGGGACCAGGGUGGGUCUCAGAGGGUGUUGGAAAAACAGUGGACGUCAUUCCUGAAGGCCAGACUGAACUGCUCUGUCCCAGGAGACUCCCACUUCUACUUCAACCUGCUCCACGCCACCAGCCCCAUACUCAACAUGAACGGCAGGGACGUCAUACUGGGACUGUUCUCUACACCGCCCAACAGUAUCCCUGGGUCUGCAGUCUGUGUGUUUGACAUGCAGCAGUUGGCUAGGGUGUUUGAGGGAAGAUUCAAGGAGCAGAAAUCCCCAGAAUCCAUCUGGACACCUGUAUCUGAUGAGCUCGUGCCCAAACCCAGGCCGGGUGGCUGUGCGGUGCAGGGGUCUCAGUUCAGCUCGUCUAAAACUCUGCCAGAUGAGGUGUUGAACUUUGUGAAGACUCAUCCCCUGAUGGAUGAGACCAUACCCCUGGUGGGGCACAGACCCUGGGUUGUCAAGACUAUGGGCAGGUACCAGUUGACUGCCAUGGUGGUGGACACAGAAGCUGGUCCCCAUAGAAACCGUACAGUAUUGUUUCUGGGCUCCACGCGAGGGACUGUCCUCAAAUUCCUCAUUGUCCCGAGUGGAGACAACUCUCCCACACACAGCAGUGUGUUUCUGGAGGAGGUGGAGGGCUUCAACCCUGAGAAGUGUGGAGAGGACUCUGUCCAGGCCAGACAGUUGUUGUCUCUGUCCUUGGAUCGUGCCAGUCACACUCUACUGCUGGCCUUCCCUUCCUGUCUGGUCAGACUACCCACAGCACGCUGCCACUUACACUCACGCUGCAUGAAGAGCUGUCUCACUUCCAGAGAUCCCUACUGUGGCUGGACCAGAGGCAGCACCUGCUCCUUCCUCAGACCAGGCACACGGCUGCCUUUUCAGCAAGACAUUGAGUAUGGCAACUUCUCCCAUCUUGGAGACUGUGGUGGUGUCAUACAGCAGAGUCUGCUGGUCGAGCCGGAGAGUCUCGUCUCCCUCAACCUGCUGGUGGCGUCUGCAAUCUCGGCCUUCACCAUCGGGGCGAUGCUAUCAGGCUUGGCCGUCUGCUGGAUCAUGGCCCACAAGCCCAGCAACCGACGCCACGCUAGCAACUCCAGCCAGUCCAGCAUCCAGCGCCAGGAGAGGGGGAUGUUGACGUCAGGAGGAGGGAUGGGAGGAUCGGUCCUUAGUGUGACCCGUCAGGGAGGAGGGGAUAGACCUUGUUCUCAGGGCGGGGAGACCCUGUUUGUGAUGCCCAACGGUUGGGUGAAGUCAGGGGAGCUGGACCCAGGGUUCUUGCCCACGCCAGAGCACACGCCCCAGCAGAAGAGACGCGGGCUCAGGCUUUCCGAUUCUGGAUCAGGGGGGUGGGACAACAGCCAGACCUACCUGGGAGGGAGCACCAUGGGGCUGGCAUCCCCCUGCCCUCUCCCUUGCCCCCCACACCCCUCCACCGCUGUCUACCUGACCACCAGACUCUUCCAGGGUGGAGGAGGUGGGAGACAUGGGGGUGAGGAGCGAGGAAGAGAAGGGGAGACGCCUCGCCAGCACUACGUGUGCCUCAGCAAGCCCUGGGGGGAGAAGGGGAGGAGUGGGACCCCAAAGUCGGCACUUCGCAAGUCGGCAGGGGAGUACGUGUACCCCAUGACCCCCCAGGACUCCCCGAAUAGGAGGAGGGUGGUGUCAGCCCCCAGCGCCCACAUGGAGUUUGGGGAGCCCCUGCCUCUCCGCUGGCCUCCCCAGGAAGGCUACAUCCUCAGCAGCCAGGGCAUGGUCCCCGCAUCUCCAUCCUCCAUGCCGACCGCCAACGGCCAGCAGUAUGUGGCCCAGCACCACACCCCCGGGCCGGGCAGGGCUCAGCUGAGAGCGGAACUGGGGAGAGGAGAGAUGGGGGAGCUGGUGGAUCUCAGCCAGCUGCUGAGUAAGAAGAGUUCCAAUGAGAGGACUCACAACGGCCAGUGAAAAAGAGAGUGAAAAGCAGGGAAGGACCCCGGCCACUGCUUAAGAGCAUAUCAGUCUCUUUCUACAUCUCUCUCCUUUUCUCUGUUCUACCUUUUCUCUCCCUCCCUCUCUCUUUCUUUCUCUCUCUGUCUCUGUCCCUCAUUGUCAUUCAGUCCUCCUGAUAUCUCUAUAUCUCACUGGGGGACUCCUGAGGCUGUUCUAUCUGUGACUGGUUACUACUGCUGUCACUCAGAUCCUGCUUGGCUGUGAUUAGCCAGAGAAAAUGAGGUUGUUAUUGUGUCUGCCUAUCUACUCAAGCUGCUUAAAGAGGGGAGGAGGCGAGAAAGAGAGAAGGGAGAGCGAGAGAUAGGGAUUGAAAGAGAGGUGAGAAAGAAGGAAAGAGAGAGGGGAGGAGGCGAGAAAGAGAGAAAGGAGAGCGAGAGUGAGGGAUUGAAAGAGAGGUGAGAAAGAGGGAAAAAGAGAGGGGAAGGAAGAGUUUGCUAGACAGUGGAAUUCUUACAAAGAAAACAUGCUGAGAGAGAACCAUAAGCAGGAAGCUACAUGCAAAGAGAUCCAGAGACAGACACCUGCCUUACCUGUGCUUCAAACAGGCCAAAAAGGAAUACCAAACAACAUGGCCACUAUCAGGUGUCAGAAGACGAGACCAAGGAGACUUCAUUCCUACACAAUGCACUCUGUCCACCUUCCAGUACAGACUGAGUGGCACUCACACAUGAAUUAGAAAGAUAUCACUUUGAAGAAUCUUGCUGAAGGAGAAUGAAACAGACACUGUUCAGCCUCAGUGUGCAGAAAACACUGAGGUCAUUCUGACUCUGACUCUGAACGUGAAGAGAAUGCCUGAUGAAGAGUGUCGAAAGGAAGCGGCAAUAAAGAUUUAAUAGCCUGCCCUCCAGCAGCCUCCUGACACAAACACACACACACACACUGAGAGAGAGAGAUUUACAGCUCAGUUUUAAUAAGUCUGGUCAGGGGGCCAUAUAUUCCCAGUGUAUGUGAAGUGAGAGGGGCCGUACUGUACUGCUCCUAACCUGCCUCACUGGAACCAUGGGACUAUAACCCACUUUUACUGAGUUACGGGAAAGGAGGAGAGUCGGACUGGAAUGUCAGCACUAUUUCUGCCAACCAGGCGUUCUCUCUAAUGACGCCAUUUCAUCCAUCCAUCCACCCCUUCCACUCCAUGUUUUUUUUAAUGGCAAAUCAUUUUAGAGCCGAUGCGACGUGUGGAGAGAAGGAAAGAGAAUGAGGUUGGGCAGUCUGUGUGUGUGUGUGUGUGUGUGUGCGUG